AUGGGACCUGCCGACCUUUUUGAUUAUGCAAGCUUCUUAUGGGACGAUCCAAAUCCGCUUUCCUUGCCAGACUUCUCGGUUGGCCCUCGAAAUUUACCCGGAGUGUCAAAUAGCCUCGAGAUCGACUCCAGAGCAUUCGUUUCCAGUGCCUUUGGAAAACCAUUACAAUUACCAGAUGCCGGCCAAUUAAUUGAUCACUUCAAACAAUCUGAUCCACCGCCUAUACUUGCACCCAUUGAGACUCCAGCUAGAUGGAGUUUCAUGCGAAAUCAUCUUGUAUCUAUGGCCAAUACAUCUCAAAUGGUCCAUCAAGCCAUCCUAGCAUUCUCAUCUCUGCAAAUACAACGUCAAACCGAUCGGCUUGAGUCUGACUUCAGCUCUUACUACACUCGAUGCCAGGAGGAGAUCACCAAAUGCCUGAUUGAACAUGAUGGCGAGGUCGAGAUUGUUGGUGCGAGGGUGCAACACGUUCUUGCGGCACUAUUCCUUCUCAGCUAUAUAGACCUUGUGGCGAACAGAACAAACUUUGCACAUGUCAAUCUUCGGAAAGCCUUUAUGAUUGUCUCCAAUUCGGAACAGGAGACUUGGGACUUUGCAGAAAAGAGAAUAGUGGUCUGGAUCCGACUAGUUGAUGCGCGUGCAGUGUCAGCUGGUGGGGAGGGCCUUUUCCUCAGAGAAGAAGAUGAAAACCAUGAAACGAGCCGCAGCAUGUCGCCCGUGGAGAGGGACGCAGAGAACGUUCUCUUCGAUAUCCUUUCUCAGCCACCACUUAGGUUUUUCCAGAAAACCCAGUCAUUUAUGGGCCGGAUCAGCAAGAUUGAUCUGUGGCAUCGCAGUCGCGGUACGGUGUCAGAUGAGACAGAAGUAAUGGCAAUUGCGGCCAAAAUACAAAUUGAUAACCAAAAGUUAUACCGGCACAGGCACCCCUUCAUGGAUCUUGCAGUCAACGGAAAGCUUGAGGGACCUUUACUGGCAAGCAGUUUGGCAGAGCGAAUUACGAUGAUUUCACGAUUGGCUUUGGCUAACCAUCAUGCCACCUUCAUCCACCUCCACCGAGUGGCAUAUCGUCAUUUGCCACGGACUGUGGAGGUGACUAACGCCAUGAGCAUGAUACGAAAACUUACUCGCGACAUGCUGGACGCACAAGGACCUAAUGACUCGCUUCCAGUCAAUAUGCUAUGGCCUUUGUUGAUGUGGGGGUCCGAAGAGGAAAACCCCGAGGAACGGGUGUGGGUCUUGUCUGCCAUACGUGGGAUUUCCAAAUCGAUCAGCAACGCAGGUCUUACCGCCGAUGUCCUUCAGAAUGUCUGGAAAAAGCAGGAUGAAAUCGGACAGAGGGCCGAUAUCCGGACAGUAAUGCACGCUACGUUCGAUUCGUGCUUUGCCAUUGUGUAA